AUGCAAGCGUCAAUUAACGACCGAAAACAAAGCAUACAGAGUGGAGUAUUACGUCGUUCAACUGGGCCGGGGAUCAACAGCACAACUGAUGUCAAUGUGCCAAAUGAAUUUCCUAAUAUGAUGAACAACAUGCACAAUGCUAGAAAACGGAAUUCUACAGCAGUUGGAAGUGGGGCAGCUGCAAGGUAUCGAAGGUACUCGGUGGCUUCUCUACAACUCUGGGCACCACCAAUGACGGGUAGAAGUUCAAUUUCGGAAACUAUACAAGAGGUUGACACAGAUAACACUGAUGUUGAAUUUGAGGAAGAGUGUCCAAUACUGUACAAGAUCAAUGAUUCACCUCCAUUCUAUCUCACCCUCUUCUUUGCAUUCCAGCAAAGUCUCAUUUCAAUUGUUGGGUCCAUCGUUCUUCCACUGUUGGUUGCCGAAGCCGCCUGUGCUCUAGAAAAUGGUGUAUUUAUAAGGAAACUCGUUAGCUCAACAUUACUGUUGUCCGGUGUAACAACAUUUCUACAGGUGAUGUUUGGAAUUCGGCUUCCAGUAUACCAAGGACCAUCUGGAUCUUAUUCCGUACCUAUCAUAGCGUUGAAUAAAAUAGAUCCAGGCAGAUGUGAUAUUCAUACUAUGUUUCCGGGAGCUUUGAACUCCACUUCAAACAAUAUUACUGAAGCCGAUCUGCAAGAACAGUUGAUUGACAUACGCGUGAGGGAGAUGAUGGGGCCUCUGAUUCUGGCUGGAUUUCUCCAUUUUCUAGUCGGUGUGACCGGUCUUGUUGGCAUGUUGCAACGGUUUGUGGGCCCAAUAACGAUUGUACCGACCAUUCUUCUGAUAGGCCUGUACAUUGUCAAACCUGCAAUGGUGUAUACAGAGGUUCACUGGGGCAUAUCCUUUAUAACAUGGGCAACAGGCGUGGUUCUAUCCAUGUAUCUAGGACAUAAACCAAUGAUUAUACCUGUAUGGACAAGAAAGGAGGGGUUCCAUACCAUACGGUAUCCACUUCAUCAAGUAUUCGCUAUUUUAUUUUCGAUUUUGAUCGGUUGGGCAGUUUGUGGUAUUAUGACGGCAGCUGGUGCAUUCCCAACGGAUAAAACUAAUAUACAAUACAAGGCUCGCACGGACGCUCGUGCAGAUGUUAUAGCUGACUCUGAAUGGUUCUACUUACCCCAUCCAGGACAAUUUGGACUUCCCUUGUUCAGUGUUAGCGCAAUUAUUGGAUUCCUUAUCGCAACCAUCACCUCAAUCCUUGAUUCUAUUGGAGAUUACUAUGCAACUGCGGCUAUAUGUAGGGUUCCGCCACCUCCUAGUCACGGCAUUAAUAGAGGUAUAGCAAUAGAGGGAUUUUGUAGCAUGAUUUCCGGGUUGUUCGGUGUAGGACAUGCAACUACAACGUACGGCGGUAAUAUUGGAGCCAUAGGAAUGACCAGAGUGGCUAGCCGGCAUGUGUUUAUUGCCAUGUCGGGUAUGUAUGUUGCGCUCGGAGUUCUUGCCAAGGUGUCUGCAGUAAUCAUCAGUAUUCCAUAUCCUGUACUGGGAGGGGUUCUCAUCACAAUUAUUGGGGUUUUUGUUGGCGUGAAUUUAUCUAAUUUAAACGUAAUAGAUCUGGCAUCAACAAGAAAUCUGUCAAUCAUUGGGACAGCCGUGUUCGUCGGUUUUCUCGUACCAACCUGGAUGGAGAAAAAUGGAAGUGUAAUUGAUACAGGUAAUCGUGACUUAGAUCAAGUGAUCACGAUGUUUCUAGGAAAUCCCAAUUUCUUAGGCGGGUUUAUCGCCUGUUUUAUGGACAAUACUAUUCCAGGUACGGACGAAGAAAGGGGUAUAGCUGCUUGGAAAAAUCCAGAAUCCCUUGAUAACUCUACCAAUUUCAUCGAAGGACAGGAAGUUUAUGAACCACUUAUUCCAGAAUGUUUAAAGCGUCAAAGAUUUUUGAGGUUUAUUCCGAUAUUUCCAAAGUAUGAUAGAAAUAUUGGAAAGAAGGACGGAACACGUAACGAAGGUUUUGCCGAAGACAGUAAUAAUGAAAUGAACUCAAAAGUGUAA